UUCUUUUUGACUCAUCCUGUAAUUGGUUCAACCGGUCACGUGGGAAUAAACUUGAUGAAUACAUCCUGAAAAUGGCUUUGGGGAUAAUGACAGUAUAUGGAUGUGAUUGGACGGAGGAGCAGAUAUAAAGUGUUUGAGGACCUACGUGGAUCUGUUUGGGCCUACAACUACGUCCAUUCACUGAGCGGAUUCGGGAUUACCCAUCGAGGACUCGAAAAGAUAGGAGAGAACAAGGCCAGUUUCUUCGGUAAAAUUAUCAAAUCAGGUUCCCAUCUGAAGUCCAUCCAGAUGAUCCUUAAUAAGACAACAGACGGUACAGGCAUAGACUCCAACACCCUAGCCUUACAGAUGAAGGGCCAUCCUGAGCUGAGGGACAAGCUUCAUGUCGUCACCUCUUGGGGGCCUUUGCCUGUCUACCCUGGGGUGGUCAACUCAGAAUUACCUGAAUCUCAAAACAUCUAUCAGCAGGCAUCUUCUCAACAUGCAUCUCGACCCCAAAUGGCAAGCUCAACUGAACCAAUACAUGGUGUCCAAAUUUGUGCCGGUUACACUGGAUCAGUACAAAGGAUUGUUCAAAUAAACAAACAAAUGUUCCAAUAAACCAAAAAGGGAAACCGACGAUUAGUGCAUUAUAAAAUAUAUUGCAUUAUUAUAAUAUAACAAUUGUAACAAAAUAAUGAGACAGUGUUAUAUUUUAAAAAAAAUAAUAAUAAAUUCAUUGUUGAAAUCAGUACUCUUAAAUUGGAACUUGUCAUGAUGCAAUUUUGUCUCUCUAAAUUAAUAAUGCAAUAUACAUAUUUUAUUAUGUAAACAUGUUUUUUAUAUAUUUUACUGAAACCACAGAGACUAGUUGUCAAUCUACAAGCUAUUGUCACAUCUUACUGUGUGCAAUGAGUUCAUUAGCAGGGCUCAAAUUUUGUGUGAAAAUUUUGUGAACAACAGUACCUGAAAGUAUUAUUUACUGGACCAAUGUACAUUCACAGAUUAGUCACGAUCAUGAUUAGUCAUGAUCAUGAUAAACUGAGACCAGAUUUGGACAGCACAUGCAAUCAUGAAAGGCAUGUACAGUCGAAUCUCGUUAGUACAAACUCUGUUAAUACAAAAUUCUGGUUAUAACAAACAUAAAGCCUUGGUCCCGACUGUGCAUUUAUGUACACAAUGAAUGGGACUGAUGUUCCUCUUAAUACAAAAUUCUGAUAUAACAAAUAAUUUGGUUAGGUCGGAACGAGUUUGUAUUUUAAACGAGACUCGAC